UAUUAGUGAAGUAAUGUAGGGAAGAGUGAAUGAGGGUAUAGGGGGCGAUUUCGGACACAGCACAGGACUUUUAUUUUGCAACUGCAUUGUUGAACCGGAUGUACGUUCGAGCUUCGUUCCACAACCAAAUGGAAUUUUAGAUACACGCAAUCGACAUUAGAAUUGAGUGUUUGAAAUAAUCAGUUUUAAAACAUUAUAAUAUUAUUAGUAUAGCGGCCUCAACAACAUGGGAGGUGGUGACCUUAACUUAAAAAAGAGUUGGCAUCCGCAAACUCUGAAAAACAUCGAGCGAGUGUGGAAAGCGGAGCAGAAACAUGAGGCGGAAAGGAAGAAGAUCGAGGAACUGCAGAAGGAGCUAAAAGAGGAGCGAGCCCGAGAAGAGAUGACCAGAUAUGCGCAAGAGACAGGCGCUGUUAAGAAGAAAGACGACCGUUUGGACUGGAUGUACCAGGGUCCAGCGGGACAGAUCUCUCGGGAGGAAUACCUUCUCGGUCGCCCCAUUGAUAAGCAGAUCACCCAGCAGUAUGAGGAGCCUGAGAGUGGUCCAUCAGCUGAGACAGGCCUUCUGCCUGGUUCCAUAUUUAACCCCACAGGUUCUGCCUCUACUAAUGAUAUGGCUGCUAAGAUCAGAGAAGACCCUCUUUUUGAGAUCCGCAAACGGGAGGAGGAGAAGAAGAGAGGAGUUCUUACAAAUCCUGUUAAAAUGAAAGAAAUCCAAAAGAUGUUGCGUCACAAUCUUGAGAAGGAGAAAAAGAAGAAACGUAAAAGGGAGAAAAGAGAGGAGAAAGAGAGGAGGAAGGAGAAAAAGCACAGAAAGAGGAGUUCAAGCUCUGAUGAGGAGGACCAGAAGCAUAGGUCAAAAGAGGAACGAUCAGAUGUCACAACAUCUAAUGGACAUCUUAAAUCAGGCUAUGGACUUCAAUUACCAGAAAAUAGAUCCCAUCACUCUUCAGUAUCUAACCACACAAAUCAUCAUUCAAGAGACAGGAGUCGAUCCCCAUUUGCUCAUAAAGCAGACAGGGGCAAUCAUUCCUCUCGAGAGUCAGAGGGAAGACCUAAAACCAAAGACCCCAGCCCACAGAGACACAAGGACCGCCAUCAAAGACAGAAGUACACCAAUUACAGCAAGCGCCUCUCAGCUGAAGAGUUGGAGAAGAAGAGAAGGGAAAUGAUGGAUUUUGCCCGCGAAAGGGAGAUCGAAAGGGAAAAUAAUGUGAAGAGAUAUAAGCGACAAGAGGAACAGGAGAAAGCCAGAGACAGCGCCAAACAGGACCGUCAUGCUUGCUUCUUACAUGACAUGAAGCUAGAGAGUGCUGCCACGUCAUCUCUGGAGGACCGUGUGAAAAGAAACAUUCACUCCAUUCAGAGGACCCCUGCUGCUCUGGAGAAGAACUUCAUGAGAAGAUGAAGAGAACAUAAAAAUACGUACAUGGAACCUCUCUGAGAUACCUCUCUGUCUUUUGUAUUCUACUGGUUUAAGAUUGUUUUAAAGUUUGACAUUUUUAUUGAGGCUCAUGCUUGUAAAUAAAAUGCAAAGGGCUUUGUCAUCAGCA